UCACAGUUGGACUAAUGGAUAAGUACUCUCUGAAAUCGAUAUUUGCUCCCUUGCCGGUGACUACCCGUGGACAGAACUUUCACUUGCAAUGUGAUCCAAAGAAUGAAAAGUUACUGUACUGCAGUGGGCCAGCUGUUGUUGUGAGGGACAUAGCUAAUCCAUCAGUUUGCUACACCUAUAAUGAGCAUCCUGGUAUCCCUACAGCUGCCUGCUUUGCUCCCUCUGGCUUCUACAUUUGCUCUGGUGAUAACCAUGGAAAGGUCAGAGUGUGGGAUACAACUCAAGAAACCCAUAUCAUUAAAUACGAGGGACAUGGCCUCAGUGGCCCAAUCAAAGAUAUUUGCUGGUCCCCUGAUUCCAAGCGUAUCCUUCUUGGAGGAGCUGGCAGACAGGCUAGAACCCACUGCUUCUUAUGGGAUAGUGGUUCAUCCUGUGGCAAACUUCAUGGCCAUAGCAAAGAUGUCAAUUCUAUUGCACAUAGCCCUGCUCGUCCAUUUAGAGCUGUCACUGUUUCUGAGGAUUACCAAAUUGGUUUCCACACUGGUGUUCCAUACAAAUUUGAGAAGGUCAUUACUCUUCACAAGAAUUUUGUGAACAGUGUAAGAUAUAACCCCACUGGUGCCAACUUUUGCACAGUAAGUAGCGAUAAAAGAGCUCUGUUGUUUGAUGGGAAAACAGCAGAACAUAUAGGAGAGUUUAAAGAUGAAAGUGGAGUUGCCCAUAAAGGUGGGGUGAUGGCUUUAUCUUACAACUCCACUGGUACUCAACUGAUCACUGCAUCAGCUGAUAAGACCGUUAAACUGUGGGACUGUGAAACACAGGCAUGUAUCUCAACUCUUGAAGUGGGUCAAGAUUUGAAUGAUCAGCAGUUGGGCUGCAUUUGGGCUGGGGCAUUUGCUCUCUCUGUUUCGUAUUCAGGAGAUAUUAAUUAUAUUGAUUUGAAUUCAAAUGCAAUCACCAAAGUACUCAGAGGUCACCAGAAAAGUAUUGAAACGAUGGAGGUUAAAAGUGGAAAGGUCUACACUUCUAGUUUCGAGGGAAGAUCGUCAAUUUAUGAUGCUGAAUCUGGAGAUGUUAACUACUUCACUGGAGCCAUUCAUAAAAGCAAAGUCCUUGACACAAAGAUAAGUGGUGAUACAAUUAUAUCUGUGGACAAUUCCAACAAGAUUCUCCGCACUCCACUCUCUUCCUGUGAGAUGGGUGAAAGCAGCUCAUCUGUCCCUUCAAAUGUUAAAUACUUUGAUGUUCACUCUGGAUCUGACACUGAAAUAUAUUCUUGUGACAACACACUGGUUAUGUUCAAAGAUGGAAAUCAAGUCUUCAGCCAAGAGCUUAAAUAUGACCCUAACGGAUGUGCUAUUUCUCCAUGUGGAACUGUCCUUGCUGUUGGAGCCAAAGAAGCUCCUAAGUUGUACCUGUACGACAUUGAAGGAAGCAGUUUUGUGCAACGUCAGGAGAUUGCACUUACUGCAGCAACCACUGAAAUCAAGUUCUCUCCAGAUGGAAAGCUUCUGGGGGCAGCUACUGUAGGAAGAACUGUUCUGCUUCUUGACGUUGAGAAAAGCUAUAAACCUGUUCAACACUGCUGGUCGACUCAAAGCAAAACAAUGUCUUGCUCUUUCAGUCCUGAUUCACGGUUCAUGUGUGUUGCAGGAGUUGAUACCAACAUUGUUGUUGGGGAUUGUUCUCAACCUAUGGAGCCUGCUAUAAAGAUCAUAAGGGCUCAUCCCUUAGGUACAAUCAACAGAGUCCGCUGGCUGGACGAGAAAACCAUUGCUUCUUCUGGAUCUGACAUGCAAGUGAGACAACACACCAUCAACGUUUAGAAUUUGAACUCUUCAAGAUUGGGUUUUGAGGACUGAGUAAGGCAAUUAGAUUUUUGGGCCAAUUUUAAUAGUUAUAUAAUGCAUUGUAACAUUGUAAGUUAUGUAUUUGGUAUCACAAAAAUUCACUGAUUCAUACAUCUUUUUACUGACGGCUUUUUUCUAUUUGUAGUUUAUGUUUUGACAGAAGACGUUAUGCUGGCAUCAGGUUUAGUUAGAUGUGUCUUAGAAUUAGCAGUAGUCCUUCUAUAAUUUGGAGGUAUUUCGGAUUUCUAUAAGUGUUUUUUUUCUUAGAAACGAUUUUGAUUUGUCUUCGUAUCAAGAUAUUGCAAGGUUCUGUUAAUAUAUUGUUAUUGGUUUUCAAAUACCUAAACUUUGUAAGGAAAAGUAGUGUUUUUCACUAACAUUUUGUAAGAUUGAUUACGUACAAUCUAUUAUUUUCUUUUGUUUUGCUAAGUUUAGUUGUCAAUCAUUUGUGACCUGCAAGUAAUUGUGAUAUUAAUUAAAUCGUCACGGGAUUAAGUUUUUGUGUUUUUGAGGAAAAUUACAAUAUUUUGUGGAAAUUCGAAUUAGGUCGGGAAGAUGACAUUUUAUGAUUUGUAAAUCGGCAUUUUUAUCAAUAUCUCGAGUUUUGAGAAUUCGGAAAUUCAUUCAUACUUGUAUAUUUUACUAAUUGCUUAUAAUGCCAAAUUUGAAUUAACAGCA